UCCAUCUCAUUUCUCUUUUAAAUUUCUUUCAUUGUUUCCUUUUUCCUUUUGCAUUUCUAAGCUCCAACACAUUCUUUCCACUCAAUUCUACUACAAAGCAAAACCUUUGCUUUUUCCAGAAAAAAAAAAUUCCUGGGUUUUGUUUCUUGAUAGAAAAGAAACUUUCUUAUUUUUCCUACAUUCUUCCUUUCGUUUUUUAAUGGCUGAGGGACUACGAACAGCAGAACAACAGUGGAAUUCGUAUCCUUUUGGGAUUGAAGUGCAAAGAAAUGAACUGAAUUCCGCAUCAGAAAAAGUGGGGAAUUGUUUUUUUAAUCCAAAUUGGGAUAAUUUAAUGGUUCAAAGUGGUUCCUUUGACUCCUCAUUGAGUUCCAUGGUGUCGUCUUCUUCAGCAAUAUCAAAUGCUGAAACUGUUCUUCCUGGUUAUGAACACAAUAUGGUGAUCAGAAAAUUGAUUGGAAGAUUAGGAAACGAUUAUAAUUAUAGUAGUUUUACUUCAUCACAGCCUUUGAUCAAAUCCAACAAUGCUAACACUCCAUUGAAUAUAAUCCCAAAGCUCAAUCUUCCAUUUUCUUCCGACCCUGGAUUUUCUGAAAGAGCUCCUAGAUUUUCCAGCUUCAAUGGUGAACUUGGAUUUAAUAGGAAUGAAUUUCAAGCUAAUAUUCCAGAUUCCAAGCGAGGAUCUUUAUUAGUUUCUGAAAAUAUCCCACGCCAAAACAAUGUCAAUUCCCGGAAAAGGAAAUCAAUUCCGAGUGGAAAAGCAGAGGAAACCCCAUCAAUGGCAGCUGCUGAUAGCAAGAUUGUUGCUGGUGCAAAAAGAAGCAAGAAAGAUAGAGCUGAUGAAGAACACCAUGGCAAUGGUGAAAAACAUAAUAAGGUGAAAUCAAAAGCAGCAAUGGCACCAAUGGAGUAUGUCCAUGUGAGGGCAAGAAGGGGUCAAGCUACUGAUGGUCAUAGCCUUGCUGAAAGAGUUCGAAGAGAGAAAAUAAGUGAAAGGAUGAAACUUUUACAGGAUCUUGUUCCAGGCUGCAACAAGGUGACUGGUAAAGCACUUAUGCUUGAUGAAAUUAUUAACUACGUGCAGUCGUUGCAGCGUCAAGUCGAGUUUCUAUCUAUGAAGUUCGCUACUUUGAAUCCAAGAAUGGAUAUUAACAUGGAAUCUAUUGUACCAAUGGAUAUGUUUCGAUGUUGCGGAUCGUUGCCGAGUACCAUGUUUUCGAUCGAUUCUUCUGCAUCUGCAUUUGGUUUUGGAUAUGAACACCAGCAAAGGGUGCCUAUGCACAAUGGUGAAUACGAUAAUGCUGAGACUCGAUUCUUCGAGAAUUCCCCAAAUUCGGGAUUGCGAAAAACUAGGGACCCCAUUGAUGAUCUUACUGAUGCUAACUCUCGGGUUGGAUUAUUUUGGGAUGAUGAUGAUCUACAUAGCAUUGUUCAAAUGGGAUUUGGCCAAAAUCAGCCACAAAGCUACCAAGGACGAUUGUGGGAGGUAAAACGCCGGUGGAAGAUGUGGAGAAGGACAAAGCAAUGCAAGCUUUAGGGAGGUUUGCGGUGGAAGAGCACAACAAAAAUCAAGAAAAUGAUGGAGACACAUCGAAUCAGAUAGAGUUUUCUCAAGUGGUAGGGGCCGAGAAACAAAUAGUUUCAGGGAUCAAAUACUUUCUAACGAUUGAAGGGAUGGAAAAUGGGAAAAAGAAGACGUUUGAUUCGGUAGUUUUGAUUAAACCUUGGUCAAAAUCUGAAGACAAAGAGUUGAUUAGCUUCUCUCCUAUUCAAUAAGAUUAUUGAAAUUUUAUUAUUGAAUAUAUAAAUAUAUAUAAUGAUCUAUGUAAUAAAUGAAGGAAUAAGAAAUGCUAAUUAACUAUUUAC